AUGAAGGCUAUCCGAGUCACUCCACUCUAAGAAAAUUAUAAAAUAAUUUUUUUAACAUUAAGUAUUGACCAAAAAUAAUUAUUUCAUCAAGCCGCUGUGCAAUAGUUUCUUCGCUAUUGCAACAAAUUUUUAAUCAAUUUAGAUAUUUGAAUUGGCGGCCAUUUUGGUAAAAGUGGCGCGGCUACUCGCUUCCUGACAUUCUGUUCGCGUUUCAUCCACGGCCACGGAGCCUUUUCCGUUUAGAGAUCCAACAUGGCCCGUGGACCAAAAAAGCACUUGAAGCGUCUCAACGCGCCCAAGGCAUGGAUGUUGGACAAAUUGGGGGGUGUCUAUGCACCCCGUCCAUCCACUGGGCCACACAAGCUGAGGGAGUCCCUUCCCUUGGUUAUCUUCCUCCGUAACAGGCUAAAGUACGCUUUGACUAACUGCGAAGUUACAAAGAUUGUCAUGCAGCGCCUGAUCAAGGUUGAUGGCAAAGUACGCACUGACCCCAACUACCCUGCUGGAUUCAUGGAUGUCAUCACCAUUGAGAAGACCAACGAGUUCUUCCGUCUCAUCUAUGACGUCAAGGGACGUUUCACCAUUCACCGCAUCACUCCAGUUGAAGCUAAGUACAAGCUCUGCAAAGUCAGGCGAGUUCAGACUGGACCUAAAGGAAUUCCUUUCCUUGUCACACACGACGGAAGAACCAUCCGUUACCCUGACCCCUUGAUCAAGGUUAAUGACACCAUCCAGCUGGAGAUUGCCACUGGAAAGAUUCUUGACUCCAUCCGUUUUGACACCGGAAACCUGUGCAUGAUCACCGGAGGAAGGAAUUUGGGUCGUGUCGGUACCGUCGUAAACCGUGAACGUCACCAGGGAUCAUUUGACAUCUGCCACAUCAAGGAUUCACAAGGCCACACCUUCGCCACCAGAUUGCACAACGUGUUCAUCAUUGGCAAGGGAACCAAGCCUUACGUCAGUUUACCAAGAGGCAACGGUGUCAAGCUCACGAUUGCCGAGGAGCGUGAUAAGAGGUUAGCAGCCAAGGGAGUAAACUAAUGUAAAUUUUCAACAAAAAUCCAAUAAACCGAGUUUGUCUUGGUAAA